CUUAAACUUUCCAAAGACAAGGACCAAAAGAUGUCUCAUGGACGGAAAAGUUCAAAGAGAGAUCCACAAGAGUGUCCAGUCACAGAGAACCAAAAGCCACGCAGAUGCAGCAUGAAGGAUGUUAAGAAAAAAAAGUCACAUAAUGGUACCUGGAGUAAGGAGCUGAUACAUAAAAUUGUUCAACAGAAAAACAAGCUUCACAAAUUACAUGUCAAGAGCAAUAAACAUGUACAAUUUUCUUUGGUGACAGAAAGGCUCUUCCCUCCAGCUAAAAGUCACACCUUUGGGGAGUAUGACUACAUUUCAGAUUCAGAUGAUGAAGCAGAUUUAGCUGUCAAAAAGCAAAUGGCAAAUGGCAGGCUCAAAUACAACUUUAAUCGAGAUCACCAAGGUAGGGCUGGAAGAAUGAAAGAAAAAGAGACUGUGUGGAGAAUGGGAGAGGCAACAAGGUUCCAGCUCCAUAAUAAAGAUUUAAGAAGCAAUAACAAGGAAACCUUCAACAGAGUUAGAAGAAGAAGCAGUCAAUCCUCAACCAGCAGUGAUCAAAGUACAAGUAUCUCCAGUGAAACUGGUUCAAGCCCUAAAAGCAUUGAACAUACUGAUUCUGAAAAUGAGCAGGAGACUAUGCUAAGACGUAAAAAUGUUAACUCAUCCAACCAAAACAUAGCAGUGGAGAGAAAUUUUGUAAGACCUCUCUAUAAAGAAAGCCUCUUAGAAACCUUUUCCAAAGGCCCCAAGAGAUUUGGAUCUGCUAAAUUCCUUCUUGCAGGCUCAAAGGUGUUCCCAUCUAAAGUUAAUGAUUCAAAAUAUAUUGGGGACAAUGAAAAAUCACAGCAAAGUCAAGAGAUGGAUGAUAAAGAAGACAACAGCAGAAAAAGUACAGAGGGACUUCUUUUAUAUGAAGAUGAGCAUGAAAGCACUUGUCACAAAGAAGGCAUAGUCAUAAACAUAUCACAAGAGAAUUAUACUAACGAUCUGCUACUGGAUGUAGACAAUGUACCAAUACCCUUUUCAUCUCUCCAUGAAGACACAAUACAUUUUCAGACAAAGAAAGCUAAUGUGUCCACUUGCAUUCCAGCAGAACACAACACUGAAGUUACUUUAAAUUACACCGAUGCCGGUUUAAAAUUCAUAAAGGAAGGUAUUUGUAAUGAUCAUGAAACAUUUUCAAUGCCUGUUGGAUGUUAUAGUGGCGAUUCAACAGAAAAUGAGAAAAAUCACGAGGCCUACAACAGUGAAAGUCAACAAUUCCCAGAGCACGAAGAUUUGCCAGAUCUGUAUGGUAAUAAUCUUUUUCCUAAAGCUCAACAUGUGGCACCCUCAGAAAUUGGCAAACUCUAUCUCAAUCAAAGUAACCCCAGUUCCACCAAUAAUGGUUCAUUUGAACACAAGUGUUCACAACUACCCACCUACUCUACAGAUAAUAAUGAACAUAAAGUAUCAUCGACCCUUUCAUUUGACUCCUCGUCGAUAUUUUCUGAGUUGCCUAUGUCAGAUUUUGAAGCUCCUUUGUUCAACAGUAUCCAACCUACGAAAGAUACUUAUGUAGGAUACACAUGUUCCAAUGAACAGUCCAGAAAGCCAACACAUUAUGAGCAGCAAUACCCACAGUUUUUGCAACAAAAAAAUUGGGGUUUGAAUGAAGGCCCAUCAUUAAUGGCUAACACCAUCAUUGCCCCUUUUCCAGUGGUAGAAAAUCAAAGUACAGAAAAAUACAUUGAACAGAUGCCUGCAUCGUCUGGACCAAUGGCACUAGCCCUGUCAGACUCACUGGGUGAUUACAAUGCUUCAUUUAUAAAUAUAUCUGAGGAUGAGUUAGAAAUCAAAAGACUUGUUACGGAGCUAGAAAACCAACUUCAAACAAACAAUAUGCACAACAAUGUGUCUUCCCAGGCAUGCCCCAAAAAUCAGACUAAUGCAGAUCUAUCAAGCACAACUGUUCCAUUUCCAGACACAACAGAAAAUGCAGUUGAAAGCUACAGUAAAAACUUGUAUCUUGAGGAUUUUAGUAGUUUGAGUAAUCCCACUCAUGUGGAACAGAACCUCCAGGAAUGCCAAGCACUUGCCAAAGUUGAAGAUAACUGUGGCAGUCUCAAAAACCCAUGGACGUGCUCAGUUCAAUUUGACAGCUUUCCGUCUAGCAUCCAGUGUCACAACCAGUCAAGUUCCCUUGAGUCUUUCAAUCACACAGAUACAGACAGUCAAUACCCAGAAACUCUAAAUGAUGUGACAGUAACAGAAAAGUUGGAUUCCCUCAGUAGUAAUCACAGAUCACCUUCUGUAUUACCCGAUGCUUGCCUUCAUGACAUUGACACCCAAUCCACAUGUCAAGCAUUUUCUGCAAGCACUCUAAUAAGGGACACACUGGUCACUGCUGAAACCUUGCUUUCUGGCAAGGAAGAAAAUGAAAUGGUUAUUGAAAAUGACACUCAACAGAAUGAGCCGGAUAAUUUGUUUCUAAAAAAGGAGCAACUUGAAGAGAGGUUUGAUGAUCCACCUGAACUUGAACCAUUCCAAAGUGUUUCAGAAUUAAAUUCAGAGUUCAGUGCACAUGACUGUGAUGUCCCUGUUUUAAACAGGACAUCACCUCCUUUAAAAAAUGAGAAAUCCCCAGGUGGUGUAUUAUCUGACCCUGGAUUCAGGGAUGAAAUUCCAAGUUCUGCAGUAGUGGAAGAAUAUAACUUAAACUGUCAAAAGGUGAGUGAAAAGGAAGGACCAGUAGACAUCUCCAGCUCUAGAGACCAACAAAAGAAAGACAAAAGAAAGCCAGCACCUCUUGAUAUGCCUGUUUUGGAGAAAGAAGAAAGUGCCAUAACUGAAAAGUCCUCAACUAACAAAGAUUCAACAGAAAAUCCAUUGCAACAGCUCCAAUUAUUUGUGGCAAGGACAGCCAAAAAUAAUGAGGAAGAAAUGUUAAUGCCAUGUUUCCCAGUGCUGUUAGCUACAUCAUCUCAUGUCAGUCCUCAAGCGGACAUAGAAUGCGAUUCCUCUUCCACCCCUGACAGCAAAUUAACAUCUAAGGCAGCUAAGAGCAGUGACAUAAUUGAGAUUGAAGAUGUACCAGAUUUGGCAGAAACAAGCAUGCCUUCAGCAAAUAUUAAACAAAUGCAUCCUCUUGCAAAUGAGAAAACAAGUGCCUCUUCUGAGUCUCUAAGCAAUGAGGCACAAAAUGAAGUUACACAGUCACAUUUCACAGAAAAUGAAUGUUCCAGAUUGGAUGUCAUUAAUAUUGACCAUAGAGAAACCGCACAUGAUAGUGAUCCGCUGCCUCAAAGUAAUGAUACAGAAAAUCUGGUUCGAGAGCAGGCCAAGAUGGAUGACAAGAUGAAGGCUCUCAUGAAGACUGAUAGAAAUAAAGCAGCUUUAACAAUGGAUAUAAACCAACAAUCUACCUAUGCUUUUGAUGAUCAAGCCUUUGCUGUUUUUCCACAGAAUACUCCUACCGUGCCCUGUAUGGGAAUCACUUCGCCUCAUAAAUCAAACACUGGAUAUCAGUUACUUUGUGGCCUAACACUUGAGGUGAUAGAUAAUCAAGUGUCGCAAGAGAAGAAUAUCGAUGCUUCUGUUUUUACAAGUCCAGGGAACCAAAAAGAUGUUAUUAAUAAUAUUCUUCAGGAAAAAGAGCUUAUUAUGACAAAUGGUGAAAUCUGCAAAGAGGCUUCUCCAGUAAGGCAAGAUAAAUCUGAUGCUUCAGUGUUUCCUGAUGAAAUAUCUGGCCAGUUUCCUUUGCAUUUCAAUCAGCAGAAAUCUUUGCACAAAAGAAAUAUAGACUAUCAAACUCAGCUUCCAGAAAUGAGUAGCCCUAACCCACAUUCUCCAUUAGACUUUGAUCUGUUUGCACAUCUUCCAUUAAAGACAUCUAUCUCAAAAUCAGAUGGGUAUUGUCAAUCAUCUGAAAACAUCAUGUGUCCUGCAGAAGAAGAACCAACACCCAGCAGUCCAAACUGUCCAAUAAAAGUUAGCAACUGCAAAGACCAAUCAGAGAAACAUUCAUUAGUUGGACCAGAUGUGCUGCUUUAUCUUGGAGAAGAUAGAUGUUUGACAUCGUCUUUGGAUAUGGGUCGCAAACCUUUAACCAAAAAUGAAGGGCCAGUUUCACCAAGUGCCAAAGGGAAUAUUUGUUUUUGCAAUGAACUAGUAUGUCCUCAUUACAAACAGCCAGAGACAUGUUCUGCAGCUGAUGCAAUUCUUCAGUGUGGAUCACUCCCUUUGAGUAAUGGAUAUCCAAUCUUUGCUGAGACAGAGUGCCAGAAGUAUUCAACACUCAGCAAUGAGCUUUUCACAGACCAUAUACAAACUGUAGCAGACCCACCCCUGUGUUGUCAAAAAGAUGAUGGCUUGAAGUGGGAUAGUCAAAAAGGUGCCCACAUAAGUCAUGCGUUUCCAAAUGAGAACCAUUCAGCUGCUUUGGUUUGUGACCUGAUAAACAUUACAGAGUCCAGUUAUGUAGAUUUAAGCAACCCACAAAUCUCAUUAGCUGCAGAUGGAAGAAUCGCACAGGCAUCCACAAUCUGCAUCUCUGCUGAAACCCACAGCAGUGUUGCUGACACAGAGAGAAAAUGUCCCAAUGACAUGGACUCUGUUAUAGAUGGAGUACUCCGAAUUCUAGAUUGUGAUAAGAGCAAAGAAAUUCUAGAAAGCAUUGGUAUCCCAUCCAGGAAUAGUCCCCUAAAAGAAAAGAAAUCAAUUGAGCAAUCACUUAUAUGUGAUAUCUGUUCUAUGUCCUUCAGAUCUAAACCAGGUCUGUCAAGACACAAGGCAGCUAAACAUAACAUGAAGAAUGAUGGAACAAUGAUAGCACACAAGGAUGGUGCUAGUGAAAAUGGUAAAAACAAGGAUAAUUCUUCAGGGAACAUUGAACAUGAUGUUCUGCAAAAUUUUAUUUCUGAUUCAGUGUCUCAGAAACCAACAACAGAGCUACUGGGCCAAGAAAGCAACAUCCAAAUCCAGUAUUUGAUUUCAGAAGAACAGCAGAGGCCUAUAUCAACAAAAUCCAAAGAGGAAAGCAAUGGACCAAGUGAUGACACCAGCGGUGUUGAGGUUACUGGCAGAAAGAGGUUGAUUGGCAGAAUCAAAAAAAGAAAGAUUAAGACACUAUCAAAUAAGACUACAGAUUCUCAAGUUCCAUCUGAUGAUAUUUUAAACAUCCUUAAAACCAAUAUUUUGAAGGCUAUAGGACAAUCAAAUGGCUUUACGUCUGUUGAAGAAAAGACUACAUGGACACAGCCUGCAGAUACAGACAAAGCACAAGAAGGAACUAAGGCAAUUGUUUUAGAAACCUAUUCUGCUAAACAACAUUAUGUGGAGGAGGAAAACGUAAAAGGCAAUAUAUUAGAUAUUGGAAUUAAUAAAGAACUUUUAGCUGGUGAACUAAAGUGGGCCAAAGAUUUAAAAAGCCAAAUUGAAAACACUGCAACUAAUAUUUGUGAUACUGAGCAUGCAACAAGAUUGUCAACAAAUGCUGAAACCUCCGUAAUUGAAAAAACUUUACUGUAUCCUCCAAACAAUUGUGUAGAGGGACACUCAACAGUACCUGAAUCAAGACUAGGCCAAAAAGAUUUACCAGUGUCUAUUGUACCUAAGCACGUUGAGCCUGAUCUGCAUAGCUUGUUUGAUGAUGAUAAAAACUUCUCACAACUCUUUCCACGAGAUGAUCAUUUCAUUCGAAGGAAGUGCACACGUGUUUAUGGGAAAAAAACUAAACGACAAUCCCCACCUUUUAAAACAGACUUUAAAAACAUAGACCUUGUGGAACCGAACAGUUUGACCCAAGCAAAAAAUAACACUUAUGAAUAUGGAAACAUUUUAGUUGAUGAAAAUUUGGUAGGCAAUAAAGGUUCCUUAGGUCAUACAGAGCCUGAUUCUGAGUUUAGGUCCAUUAGUCCAGUGAAAGAAAGGAUUAGCAUUGAUGACAGUGGAUUACUACCAUUUUUACCACAAAGUCAAGCAAUUGAAAACUUGACCGGUCGAUCAUUGUCUGAGGAAAGCCAAGAUGGAAAAGAUCUGGAUAUAUCCUUUGAAGAUGCUCUCUUCAAGUCACCUGAAGUAUCUCACAGUUCAUUUACAGAAAGGAGUUCAAGAAUGCAAGAUUCCGAAUUAGAAGAGGUAUUUGACUGCAAAAUGGGUGAAGAAACAAGCCUUCCUGAGUUUCCUACAAUUGACAUGAAAAUGCUUAGUGCAAAGUUUGACAUGAGAGAGCUGUCUUUCUUCAGUGCAUGUGGAGAUGACUCUGAUCAGUCUGAUGCAGAUAGGCCAGAUACCACUCGAAAGACAGAAAAACAUAAAAGGAACGGCAGAAAUAAAAUGGAGGAUAAAAGGCAAUCACGAACUCGUGGUAAUGUGAACAUCAAGACAAAGGAGAAGCAGUACAAAUGCAAAGUAUGCUUUCAGUGGUUUCUUACACUGGGAGAAUUAGAUUUCCAUAAACUAACUCAUAAUCCCUCACCCCCGCCUACUUGUUACAUGUGUGUACAACGUAAGUUUAGUUCUAGAGAACAGUUAAGGGAUCAUCUUAAAGACAAGCAUGCAAAAAAUAAGGCAGGACUCUGGAUUUGUGGAAUGUGUUUAAAAGAAAUCUCUGAUGUCUGGAUGUAUAAUGAGCACUUGAGAGAACAUGCCACCCAGUUUGCUAGGAAAGGACAGGCUCAGAAAACGGUCAUGGGUAUUCCAGGUUGUUUUGCUGAGGACAACUUAGUGAGAACAUUUCUCAGUACCUUCAUUUACAGAACCCCUGCUAAAUCCUCAAAGACUUCUGAGCCUGAGGACAAAAGCCCUUCAGGAAAAAAACAAGACCACAAAGAUCAUAAAGAUGAAGAAGAACAUGUUACUGAGAAAGAACAAGAAGGCAGCACUUCUAAUGCCUCCAACACAUCUGUCCAUGUAAAAGUGUCUGUUAGUCCUCUGUUAGAAACAAUACAAAAGACUGAAAGUGUUCAAAAAAAUCCGGCUAUUCAUCCUCACUGCAAAGAUCCCUCCAGAGAUUGUCAUCAUUGUGGAAAGCAGUUUCCAAAGCCAUUCAAGUUACAACGGCACUUGGUAGUUCACAGCCUUCAGAAGAUCUACCUGUGCCACAAGUGUCCUAAGUCAUACCAAGAAGUCCAUGAAUUAAGAAAUCAUUUGAACAGUGAACAUCAGCUAUCAGAAGAGACGGAGAUAAAACACACGACACUCUAUGCAUGUGAACUCUGUGCAGACGUCAUGCACGUUAUAAAGAAGUCCUUUAUCUGCAGCACAUGCAACUAUACAUUUUCUAAGAAGGAACAGUAUGACAGACACAUGGAGAAGCACUUAAUUGGGGGCAGUAUGACUUUCAAGUUUCGUGGUGUCAUGAGGCCAUGCUUUGCAGGAAAGGAAGUCAAAGAUAAAAUCAAGGAACCUUCUUCAUAUGAAGGCAUGCCACCUAGCAAAAAACAGAAAACAUAUAAUUAUUCAGAAACUCCACCUGACAUAACUUGUGCUGAUAUUAAGAACAACAAAAAUCAGUCUCCAUCUGUACAACAUGUGCUCUCACCUGCAGUAAUUUUGGAUAAAGAAGUUAAAGAUAUAGCAGAAACCAAAGAGGACAUAGCUGUAAAAACUGAAGACAUGGCUGGAGAUGUCUCUUGCUCUAUAUUGCCGCUACAUACUAAAGUGGGCAAUCCUAUAGAAGAGGUUAGUAAUGUUGCCGAUAAUGAAGAAAUUAAUGUAUCACAAACUGAAAUUACUUUAUCCACUUUACCUACCACAGCAAAUAAUGAUCUGAUAAUCCAAGAUACCGAAUCUACUCAAGAACCACAGCCACCAGCUCUAUACCUGACAAAUCCAGUAUACAUGGACACAGCACAGAAGUCACCACUACAAAACCAAGAAAAAGACCUAGCAGAAGUAUCUGACAUGGGAUCUCCACUAGUGAUGGCAGAUGAUCUUCUUUGCCACUUGCUGUCAAGGGAACCGGCAGAAUUGUUUGCAUCAAACAAUGAAAUGUCAACAAACAUGGUUUCCAAUGAAGAUAUGCACUGCCCCCAAACGGAAUCUGUAGUUGUGGAGAAAGAAGAUGCACUAAAGUCACAAACUCUAAAUGGGGCAGUUGUAACUCCAGUGCUGUCUAAAGUAAAGUCGAUAACUUCUGAUGGAAGUGGUUCUGUGAAAGACCUGAAAGGCCCAAAAAAAAAUAAGGGUGGUGGCCAAAUUAACAAGUCUGUAAGUGGAGGUGAGGGUGUGUCGAAAUCCAGUGCACCAAAACUAAAACCUGUGACGGAGUCUUAUUCUGUAUCAAAGGAUAGCAGUGUUUGCACUUUGAAAGAGACAGUUGGAGCCCACCACAAAGUAUCGAAAAAAGAGCCAAUUGUAUAUCUUCCAAAGCAUAACAGUGUUGAUUCUGUUAAAAUGGAUGAUAAAGCUUCUACAGCAUUGACUAACAAAGUACAUCCAAAGAAACGUAAGGAGCACAAAAUUUCUGGUCACAAGGGUGGCUCAGCUUCCCGGGAGAACAUGGCUGGAGAAGUAAAGAAAAAAAAGAGCAUUGUUGGAGGAAGUGGAAAGAGUGAUACAUCUGGUGGUGGUGUGAAAAAGCCAGAUUAUACAAGCACAGUGUCGGCUUUUUCAGAAAUUAAAGAUGAGACUUUGUGUAGCCGGCUCACCCCUAAGCCGCACACAGGUAUAAGCAACGGACAAUUGAAAAAAAUGGUAUUGGACACGCACAACCAGAAAAAGGCCACCUCUCGAUCUAGCAAUGGAGAAUACAAAUGUAAAAAGAUUUUUCAAAACAAAACUUUACAGCCAUUCUCUCCCAAAAGCUCUGCGCUAUCGCUUAUCUCUUCACAAAAGCGCAAACAGGGACAUAGCAUGAAACCCACUGAGCCAUCAAAUUAUAGGACCGCUGAAUCACAGAACAAUUUGUUAAGUCAGCUUUUUGGGCAAAAGCUAACAAGCUUUAAAAUUCCUCUAAGGAGGGAUAUUACUGAAUAACAGUGGACAAUAUAUGUCCUUCCAUAUAGGGUUAAUUGAAAAAGGAACAAAAAUAAAUGGACUGAAAUAAAACAUCUACAAACUUAUUUUUAUAUAUUUUAACAUUUUGUUUGUAUCUUUACUUUACCCAUCAAGCUUUGCCAAACUUUGCACUGCUGUCUGUGUAAAAUAGUUCCUGUUGUGUACUAUAGUCUACUUUUAAUGUGCCUGGUUUUCUCAUGCAAAUUUUGGUAUAUGAUUUCCAAAAAGAAAAGACAUUUGAAUUGCUCUGGGCAAACAGAUCACCAGUGUUCUAUUUUUUUACCUUUUGUACAUAAUUUAACUUUUUCUCUCCGACUCAAGGGCUGAUGUAACCGGCUUCAAACUAUACUCUGUACUUUACAAAAUCAUAUAUAAUCCUCUUGUCAUUUCAAUGUAACCAUCCAUUCCCUGCAAAUCAACAUUCAAAUUUUUUAAGACUGUGACCAUAAUUCAAUUAAUAACUAAAAAUAUGGAAAAUUAAAUGCACUUCUGGGAUUAUACAUGGGGCUAAAGUGAGAAUUUUCAACAUGAUUUUACAAAUGUCAAAUACUAAAAACUCUUAGGUGAACUCUGUGUUUCCGACCAUCUAGUUUAAAUGGACACAGCUCAUUGAAGUUGUCUGGGAGCAAUGUCUCUAUUCCUCUCAUUUCUGCAAUGUAAAUAAUCAAUGUUUACAUUGCAGUACUAAGACCACCUCUAAUGGCUUUCAAUCAGACAGCCACCAGAGGUACUUCCUGCGACUUUUGGUGACCUGAUACCUUACUCAUACAGGACAUCCUCAAGCUCUGUAAAGUCUCCAUAGAAAAGCAUUAAUUCAGUGCUUUCCUAUGGGGCGGGCAUAAUGUGCUUGCAACGCUAACCGCGCAUGUGCAUUAGCCCCUCCAUAGGAGGAGGCGGAGGUCCGUUUUUAACUCUUACAGUACUGAUGGGAGGGGCGGUCCGAGGGAACUAUAGUGGAAGAAAUACAGAUUUUAAUUCCUUACACUAUAGUAUCCCUUUAAGUGCUAUUGAAACUUAGACACAGUGUUUAUAUGCUCUUUUUCCUCUGGCUUGACGGGAUCUGUUUAAUUUAUAUAAACAGCAUGAAGAAAUUGGUAUGGGCUAUUUAGCGUUACUCCAGUAAUAUAAAUGCCCAGACUUGUAUAACACUGUUAUAAUACCCCUUUAACACUGUUGCGGACAGCUUGACGUCUGUAAAAUAAUGGCCUUCUAUUCUCUAUUAAUAGACAUAAGUUAAGUGUUAGUUUGAACAUGUAGCAUUUAGAGAGAUGUCCUCUCCUGAUUUCCCACCCCCCAGCAUUUUAGAGAAAAUCCUGUUGUUGGUACUGAAAUUUGAAUGGGUAUUUGUCUCUGUCCAUUUUUUAUAACAACAACAAAACAUACCAGUCCUUUUAAUUUUAACCGAACUGGAUGUUUUGAUUUUUAAGCAUAUGGAAGUGUUUUCUCUUUAAGAUUGGUGCACCCCUGCUCUGAUGUACACAGUAUUGAAGCUAGUGUUUGGGGUAUUCUGUUAAUCAAAGGGAGAAUGAUUCUGCUACUCUACUACUUUAAGGCAUGAGAAAUGUGCUGGUCUGUGCAGUACAUUCCAUUACGAUUUCAUAAAUGGUGCAGGUAUUCAGUAUUGUACUUUACUGAGUACAUUCUGUUUAGACCCUGAUUCUAGCAAACUGUAGCAGCAUUAGCCAAUAAACAACAUAUUCACUUUUGCUUUUAUUAUAUAUUAUCUGUUUUGUUUGUAAAAUUGUGGGCAUGUGCAAAACAAUAGCACUGUUUUUGUUUUGUUUAGUUUUUUUUACUAAUGGUGGACCCCUAAACACACAGAAUGGAAAUGUUUUCUUUCAGAAUGGGAAUCUCUUCAUAGGGAAUUAGACACGUUAGCGAGGUCAGCCAAUUCCUAGCUCUGCAAUUCAGGAUUGGUUGGGAGAGGGGGCCGGGCCUCAUAACACCAUUAAAGACUCCGUAUGACACAUUAAAAUGCAUUUUGCUCUGUGUUCUUCGAAGUGAAUAUUUUAAUACUGAGUGCUAAAGCCUGCAAUUUUAAGCUUAAAAAAAUAAAACCCUCUUUUCCCACCAGUUACAUAUCCUGAGUUUCUAGCCAAAAAUGUCCUACUGUUUUGCUCUCAUACUCCAUUUCUGUGACCACUGUAUAUAUUUUAAUAUUAAUCAGUAUUUUUCUAAUACUACAUAAUUUACAACACAAAUAACUGUUGUGACAGCUGCUGUUAACCCAUUAACAUCCGCACUGCUAUUAAAGCCUGUGACUUAGACACUGGCAAAAGGAGUGGUUAACCCUUCUAACACAUUACAGGUGCCCCUAACUUUGAAGGACUUUACAAAAUUUCCAUGUGCUUGACAAUCUUACUGUAACAUGCUCCGAGAACCCGUUGCUUUUCUAAAUAAAAUUCCAUGGUGCUAUUUGUUCAUAGAACAAGUAAUGUGAAAACAGACUGAAAUAUUCAUUGUUUAGUGCCGGUACAGUGUUAAAAUCACUCCACACUCUAUUUGAAUUUAUUAUUUUAUAUUAUUCAUUUUUAACUAUUAUUAUAUGUCAAUGAGAAAAACCGAAACUCAGGUGCAAUGGACAUUUAUCCUGGUUGUACGGUAAAGCUCUAACAAUCAUGACCAAUCUAAGGCACUGAUAUAGCUCACAAGGCCUGAGUACUCUGCACAGAUCCUGAGGAACAUCCAAAUACGCAAGGCUUUAACCUGUUAAUAUGUAUCAUUAAAGCUCAUUGUAUUGUAUAAAAAAAAAAAUAUUCUAGUUAUUUGGUGCAAUGCAUACUUCAAAAGAUUUUAUUUUGAUAUUUGUGUCCAUAAAAGCAGAAAAUGCAUAAAUGCCUUUUUUAUAUUGUAAUUUUGUAUGACUUAAAAAAAACGC